AUGGAGGGGCCUGGGAGGAAUCAUGCUCGCCAGGCCCCGCAGAUGCGGUCCCGCACGACGAGGAGCAGGGGCAAGCCCAUCUCUACCAACCCCGAGGAGAACAGCCAGAUGCUGGAUGCGCAGCUCCGCCAGCUCGGGCUGUAUGCCGCACACACGAUCGGCGACGGGAACUGCCUGUUCAGGGCGCUUUCCGACCAGCUAUACGGCACGCCCUCUUCCCACCCUAAGCUAAGACAGGACAUAUGCGACUGGAUCGAAGCGCACAAAGAACGCUAUGCCCCCUUCGUCGAGGACGAGCGAGGGCUCGAACAUCAUCUAUCCUGUAUGCGCCAACCAGCGACAUACGGCGGCCACCUCGAACUCUCCGCUUUUGCGCACAUGACGAAGCGGAAUGUCAAGGUCAUUCAACCUGGUCUCGUGUACGUCAUCGAGUGGGAUGCUGGGGGCGACUUCGCGGACGAGCCUGCGGAGGCAGAGACGUCUCCGUCGGCGGAUGAUACGGCCCUAGACAGCCGCGAGAAACGUCGGCAAAGACGAGAGCGACUCCGUUCCGCAUCGGAUAAGCACGUAUGGGAUGCUGGAGAGCUCACGACAUCUCAAGGCACUGUCUACGUUGCCUAUCAUGAUUGGGAACAUUUUUCGUCAAUCAGGAACCUUCGAGGGCCGCACACAGGCCUGCCGAACGUGUCCGAGAUGCCUGCACCGGACGGGGAGCCGUCUUCUCCUCCGCCGUCGAAGAGGAAGCCUGUAUCGAAGGUCAAAGCAAAGCCUACCAAGGCACGGGAACCGAAGAAGGUAGAUGCGCCUGUCUUAUCUAUAACGGAUGAAGACGCGCUACCAUCCACACCUUCGCAAAUCCCGUUACCUAUCUCCACUUCCCCCUCUCCACCGCCCACCUCUGCGCCGUCGUCGCAGGCAUCUGCGUUCCCUGCUAUCCCGUCGUUAGAGCCACAUUCAUAUCGCUCACCGAAACGAACGUUCGACGAAUCUUCCGCAUCAUCGCAAGCCACUUCAGAGAGCUCGCAAAGCGCAGCCAAGCGUGCGAAGAGCUCCUCUCGCACGCCUUCCACCUUGAACACGGAGUCGACAAACACGUCCGCUCUCGCUGGCAAGGACUUAACCAUGUAUACCGACGAUAUGGAUACGCCAGACCUGUCCGCUUCCGGAUCAUCGGCGGAGUCGGUCAGCUCGCUGUCGUCGCUGUCCUCCUCACCAUCAGCGACACCUCCCCCUCCUGAUCCUCCGGUGGAGAAGCCUCUCACUCGUCGCCAGCGGAAGAAACUUGGGCUUCCACGCCCUAGGGCCCAUCCCAUUCCGCAACAAUGGACUCGAUACCCCACAACCAAGUAUUCCAUGUCGUCGCACUGUUCAUCGCUAGUUCCUCCGCUCGGAUCGUUGUAUCAUCAGCAUCUCCUCGCAUCUCAUCACCCGGACCCUCCUCUUGUCUUGCUCUCCGCCAUGAAGACGUGUUUCACGACCCUCACGAUUCACGACUUACGACGUCGCACGCGUUCUGCCCCCGCUUGGAGAGCCCUCCGCUGGUCACCAUGCCUCGGCGUCACGUACAAUUAUAUCGUCAUACGUAUUGCACCUCCGCAUCUACAUCGCACUGUGAUACCUCC